AGUGCCAAAAUGCAGGGAAACACGCCGCAAAAGAAGCCUCUUAAUCGGAGUUCAAGUUCCAAUGAUGUGUUUGCCCAUGAAAAGACUGAUGGUAGUAUAUCUGACUCUGCAGCAGAACCAAAUACAAGAGAAGGCAAGAAACGGCGUGCUAGUAUUGGUUACAAAGUUGCCGCGUUGGUGGGACUAUCCAAAAAGAGUAAUAGUACAUCUCAACUCAAUGCAAUAGGUUCAGGAAAGAAAGCAAGAAGUUCCAUUCAGAGAAGUGAAGAAGUUGGUGUUGCAGCUGAGUUAAGAAAUCGAAUGGUCAAACAGACAAGUAGGGAGAGCACAGAUGGCAGUAUAUGCAGUCUUAGUUCUGAUAGUUCUAAUGCGAUGUGGUUACCACCUGGCCUGCGUCUUGGACCUGAGGGACAAUUUGGAGAAUUUAUUGAUGGUUUGGGACAAGGGCAGUUAGUCGGUCGUCAGGUUCUUGGAUCGCCAUGUUUAGGUGAUGUUCAAAUUGGAAUUAGUGAGAAAGGUGGACAUUUAGAAGUGGAGGUUGUCAGGGCUAGGGGUUUGAUGGCAAAGCCUGGAGCAAAGAUAUUACCAGCUCCAUAUGUCAAGGUGUACCUAAUGGAAGGUAAGCGUUGUAUUGGUAAAAGGAAGACUAAAAUAGCAACACGUCGGACAUUAGAUCCACUCUAUCAACAAGUGCUUAUAUUUGAAGAAGACUACCAUGGCAAAGUAUUACAAAUUACUGUCUGGGGUGAUUAUGGUAGAAUGGACCGCAAAGUAUUCAUGGGGGUAGCUCAGAUUUUAUUGGAUGAUCUGAACCUAUCAAAAUCGUCACUUGGAUGGUAUAAACUGUUUACAACUUCAUCUCUAGCUGACACUCCACAUAGAACUUCAGUGACCUCAAUGGAUAGUAUACCAUCUUACCCACCAUCUGCAUUAACUUUGAGAACUACAUAGGACUUCAGUGAGUUCCACAGAUAGUGUACCUUCACAGCCUUCCUCUGAUUUAACUUUGAGAACUACAUAGGACUUCAAUGAGUUCAAUGGAUAGUGUACAUGUAGAUCAUAGCCACUAUCUGUAUUAACCUCCAGAACUGCAUGGAGCUUCAUUGAUUUCAUCCAAUAGUGUACCAUCAUUCCAAUCAUCUGCUUUAACUUCAAGAACUACAUAGAGCUUCAAGUGAGUUCAACUGAUAGCGUCCCAUCAUAGCCUCUAUCUACAUUAACUUGAUUAAGUUUGGAUAGUGCAUUAACAACUAGAAUUGCUUUAUCUCAUUAAGAAGUGAUAUGAAACUAACCAACCACCUUUUGUAUCUCAAAGAAAAUAAAUGGUGUUCAGCUACUAUUUAAUAAUUAUUAAAUUUUACGCUGAUUAUUCAAUGUUAUUCAUUGAUGCUUUAACACACUGAAUAUCGAUCAUACAAUGUGCACAUUGUGAAUUGACAGUGGGUGUUAGCAUUGUCUACACAUUAGACAGUUAAUUGGGCACAUUUAAUCAUGUUAUUUAUUGAUGGAUGUCAAUGGCACAUUUA